UCCCCCUUUUCCGGGGUUAGCCAUCAUGCCAAUGAAAAAAAAGGGGAAGAAGAAGGUGGCUGCGGCCCCUUUGAUGGCCAAAAGGGCUGUUGAACAGAAGAAAGUUGUCAAUCCCCUUAUUGAGAAACGACCAAGGAACUUUGGAAUUGGUCAGGAUAUUCAGCCAAAAAGAGACCUUAGCCGUUUUGUCAAGUGGCCCAAGUACAUUCGUCUCCAGAGGCAAAAAGCUGUACUUCUGCAACGUCUGAAGGUUCCACCCCCAAUUAACCAGUUCAAACAGACUCUAGAUGGAAAGACAGCAACACAAGUUUUCCGUCUGAUGGACAAAUAUAAGCCUGAAUCCAAACAGGCAAGGAAGGCUAGACUGAAGGCUCGUGCAGAACAGCGUGCCAGUGGUGGUGAUGAUGUACCAACAAAGCGUCCCCCUGUAGUGAGGUCAGGAGUCAACAACAUCACAUGUCUAGUGGAACAGAAGAAAGCACAAUUGGUGGUCAUUGCCCAUGAUGUGGAUCCAUUAGAAAUUGUGUUAUUCCUGCCAGCUCUAUGCAGAAAGAUGGGUGUACCUUACUGUAUUGUGAAAGGAAAAGCACGUUUAGGACGUGUUGUCAACAGGAAAACUGCCACAUGUCUGGCAAUUACAAAUGUCAACCCUGAGGACAAGUCUUCUCUCAGUAAGCUGGUGGAGGCAGUCAAGACCAACUUCAAUGAAAGACAUGAAGAGAUCCGUCGUCACUGGGGUGGAGGACAGAUGGGCAGCAAGUCCCAGGCUCGCAUCACCAAGCUGGAGAAGGCAAAAGCAAAGGAACUUGCACAAAAAAUGGGCUAGCUCUUUUCAACACCUGACAAAUAAAUUAUGGCUGGAAGGAAA